AUAUGUCAAAUCUUGAAACUCAAGAAACAACAAUGUCCGAGAUCGCCGGAGAUUCUCCACCAUCAGAAGAGAAAAUCAAUAAACCAAACCGCGAGAGGAAUGUCUCCGGCGAACUUGACGUCUUUGAAGCCACUCGAUAUUUCUCCGACUUCAACGAACCAACUACGAUCGAGUCCCCAAGAAUCCAAAUCCAGAAACAAAGCAUUGUUCUUGAAAACAGACAGAAGAGAGUACAUCCUGAGACAGAGGAGGAGCUCUCGAAACCUAGAGCUGUCGUCACAAAGCCGCAGAAGAAGGAGAUGACAAGUGUCGGCGCUAGGAAGCUAACAAGUUUCUUGAACUCUCUUCUUCGCUCAGCGGGUCUAAAGAAGUCAAAGUCGAAGUCAACGACGGAGGUAGAGACUCCACGAGGAGAAAGGAUGAGGAGGAAGAGCUGCGUAGUGACGGCCACACACGUCGUAGCUUCUUCUCCUAUUCCAGGUAACGGCGUGUGGCGUUUAAACGCGCGUAGGAGAAGCUUUGAUGAGAAACACGUGAAAGCUUUGAAGAAGAGUGAUGAGAAGUUGAACGUAAGGCUUUGUGAGAGUAAAGAUCGAAAUGUAGGAGAUCAUGAGACUGAUGUAAACGGUGAUUGCGACAGUGAUUCAAGUUCUGAAUCUGAUCUUUUUGAGUUAGAUUUGUUUGCUAAAUCAAACCCUUAAAUUAAGAACGGUCUCCGAAAAAUAAUCCUCUAAUGUAAAACAUUAUUAUGAAUCGUUAUUACAACUUCAUU